AUAAGUCUCAGUUUUCUCAACACUUUUUUUGAAACUGUGAAGGAGCAUGUCAGCAAGUCAGACUCUCCUAUGGAUUUCAGCUCCAUACUCAGAAAGUUUUUCCAGGGUGACCUCUGCCAGACACACCAGAAGUAUUGCCUUAAUUAUACCUCCGCUGUUUUCUACUUGGAAAACCUGAGACAGAGAGAAGAUUUUGGCAUCUACCUGAAAUGGUGUGAACAAAACGAACAGUGCAAGAGGCUGCAUCUGCCAGAGCUGCUGGUCGCUCCUUUGCACCGACUGACACGCUAUCCCCUCCUCCUCAACAACAUCUGGAAGAGGAGCACUGACGAAACAGAGAAAGGCUUUAUCCAUUCGCUUAAAGAAAAGGUGGAAAAGUCCAUACGGGAUCUGGAAGGUAAAGUCAAGUGGUUGGACAACUUUCAGAAGUUCAGGCAGCUGCAAGAGGUCAUAAUUUGGCCUCAAGUCUGGGAUCGCGACAAGAGAUUCUUUGUCCCAGAGUGUUUGAAGCAAAGCUUAAGAGAAAACAGCAGUGAAAACAUUUUGUCUUCAGCGAACAGACUUCUCCUUCAUGAAGGGAGGCUAACACUAGCAGAAAGCACAAGACACCUUGAUGUCUAUCUCUUCUUAUUUGAUGAUUUCCUACUAAUUACCAAAAUUAAACGUAACAAAAAGAAACACGGGGGCUCAGAUGCAGGCUUAAUUCCCAUUUGUCCUUCCCUCGCUCCUGAGCUGCAGUCCUUCAUAAAAGAGGGCGGGAUUUGCACGGUCCUAGACCAGCCCAUCCCACUAGACAGACUGAUACUGAGAAACGUCGACCCUGUCCACGUCACAGUCUUCAGCCUGCGAAAUGCUUUCCUAAUACAGCAUGAAAAUAGGUAUCGUCAGUGCAUAGCAGUCUUCUUGCUACAAGCUCAGACAGAGACCGCCAAGAAAACAUGGAUGUCACAGAUAGAAACGGCAAUCUCCAAUUACAUCACGCAACAUGAAACCAAGAAAAGUACUGCUUUCUGCUUCCCAGCUGAAUCCACUGAAAUUUAA